CUUUGUAUGGGUCAUAUAGUGAAUUUGGUGAAGGCCUGCUCGGGUAAUGGCUCAUCGAGUGACACCUCCUCAGUUUCCCCAAAAGAUUGGUGGCAAACUGCACAAUUCUAUCAAAUCUAUCCCAGAUCCUUUAAGGAUUCCAAUGGUGAUGGUAUAGGCGAUUUGCAGGGCAUUAAAUCCAAACUAAGUUACCUCAAGGAAAUCGGUGUUGAUGCCACUUGGCUUUCGCCCAUCUAUACUUCGCCCAUGGCUGAUUUUGGCUAUGACAUAGCCAAUUUUUUUGACAUCCAAGAGGAGUAUGGUAGUUUAAAGGACUUUGAUGAGCUGAUAGCUGAGGCCAAUAAAUUGGGUUUGAAAAUCAUCAUGGAUUUUGUGCCCAACCAUUCGAGUGAUGAGAAUGUUUGGUUUCAAAAAUCAGUGAAUCGUGAAAAAGGCUAUGAGGACUACUAUGUGUGGAGUGAUGGCUUUGUAGAUGAGCAUGGCCAAAGGCAGCCUCCCAGUAAUUGGCUACAGGCCUUUCGAGGCAGUGCCUGGAAAUGGAAUGAUCAACGCCAGCAAUACUAUCUCCAUCAAUUUGCUGAGAAACAGCCCGAUCUAAAUUAUCGCAACCCCGAUGUGGUGGCCCAAAUGAAGCGAGUUCUCACCUAUUGGUUGGAUCGAGGUGUGGCUGGUUUCCGCAUUGAUGCCGUACCCUGGAUGUUUGAGGCUUUGCCCGAUGCCACUGGCCGUUAUCCCGAUGAGCCUUUGUCGGGUUAUACCGAUGACAAAGAGGAAUCCGCUUACCUUUUGCACAUCUAUACCCAAGAUCAACCGGAAACCAUAGAUAUGGUCUAUCAAUGGCAUCAACUCUUGGAAGACUAUCAGCGAGUGCAUGGUGGAGAUACUCGUGUCCUAAUGAUUGAGACUUGGUCCAGCAUUGGUGAGGUCAUGAAAAUGUUUGGCAAUAAAACUGUGCAGGGUGCCCAGAUACCCUUCAAUUUUCAAUUUAUUGUUGCCGGCAAUGAUGAUCAAAUCAAUACGGACUUACCUGCGCCAGGUUUUGUGAAAAUCAUUAAAAAAUGGAUGGAUAACAUGCCGGCAGGAAAAACAGCCAAUUGGGUGAUGGGUAACCACGAUAAGCGCCGUGUGGGUAGCCGUUAUGGUGAAAAUCGCAUUGAUCUCAUGAAUAUGCUGCAAAUGUUUUUGCCUGGAAUCAGCGUGACCUAUAUGGGUGAAGAAAUUGGCAUGGUGGAUUUAGAUAUAUCCUGGGAACAAAGUGUUGAUCCUGCUGCCUGCAAUUCAAAUCCUGAAAUUUAUGAAAAAUUCACUCGUGAUCCUGCUCGUACCCCAUUCCAAUGGGGUCCUGGCGAGAAUGCAGAUUUUUCUACAAAUCACUCAACAUGGUUGCCCAUAAAUCCCAAUUAUCUCACCGUCAAUGUGGAAACGGAAAAAGUCAACUCCAAAAGCCAUUUAAAUGUCUAUAAGGCUAUGUCGGCAUUGCGUCAAACGAAAACUUUGCAAUAUGGAAAACUACAGUAUGGCAAUGUGGGCGAUAAUAUAUUGGCCAUCAAGAGAUAUCUACCAAAUGAAAAGACUUACAUACUGUUGGCCAAUGUUUUGGGCGAUGCCAAGUCAGCGAAUGUAACGGAUGCGAUUAAGGCCACUGGAAGCUACAAAACCAAAAUAGCCAAUACGAUAUCAACAAGAAAGGAAGGGGACCUGGUCUCUCUAGACAAUUUUGUUCUCAGUGGCUAUGAGGCAAUCAUAGUGGAAACGGAUUAAAUUUAAGAAAUUAUAAUUUUA